GCUCUCAUCGUCAGACUGAAUCACUGUUACUCUCUUGUGAUCAAGACCAUCAAUAGUAAACCCUAACAAUGGCCGAUACUACCCCAGCAAAGAAAGUUAGCAAGGCUAAGAAGCCCGCGAAGAAGGCCGAACACCCUCCAUACUCAUAUAUGAUCAACGCUGCCAUCAAGGGUCUCAAGGAACGUGGUGGAUCUUCUCGUCAAGCAAUUUUGAAAUACAUUGUCGCUCAGUUUAAGGUUGGAGAUGAGAAGAAAGCUGCGUCUCGCCUCAAACUGGCACUCAAACGUCAAGUUAUUGCAGGCGUGCUGAAGCAAGUCAAGGGGAGUGGUGCUUCUGGUUCAUUCAGAAUCGCCAAGGACGAAAAACCCGCUGGAACAGGAGGCAAACGAGGACGCAAACCUGGCUCCAAGAAUAAGAAAGCUACCACCCCAAAGAAAGCCGCUGAGAAGAAGACGACCACUCCUAAGAAGAAGCCUGCCGCCAAGAAGCCCGCCGCUAAGAAGGCUGCUGGAACCCCCAAGAAGAAGGCUGUCAAGAAAUCUCCUAAGAAGGUUGCCAAGAAGCCCGCAGUGAAGAAGGCCAAGAAGUCCCCGAAGAAGGCCGCCAAGAAAUAGACUCGCACCGGUACACGAUUCACGACCUAUCCAUAUUUUGCACCUCUACUGAACACGGACUUGACGACGAUCUGAUAACUAAUUUUAGCAGCUAUGGCCUGCGCACGGCCUUAUCUUCUGUGAAGAAUAGCUGACAUAAGUGUUGUACCUGAUAGAAAUCUAUUUGUAUAUAUACAAUUUAAGAAUUCUUA